CAGUUACGUGGCACUACGCAACGCUGCGUAAACUGUUCGGAAUUUGGCGCGAGCAGGUGAUUAUGAGCUGAAAGAGGACUGUUCGCUCAGCUCUGGAAGCAGAUACCAACAAACAAAUUAUUUUCUACUGGAAGAAAUCAGGAAAACUGGAUUAUGCCCGCCACCUUGAUUGAACAGCACUGAAGAAAUCCUCCCGCCAUGUCAGUUGCCGUGGAAACUGCGACGACCAGGGCUCCCCUGCCCAUCCCGGCUCACCUCUCCCACGCAGAGCAGUCCUUCUCCCUCAAAAAGCGCAGACUCCCGUUUUCCUCGUCGUCCACAUCGACCGCCUCCUGCUCCUCCUCUCCUCGAGGCUCCUACUCUCUCCCUCCGCUGCCGCCCUCCAAAGGAUGCCCGCCUCUGAGCAGGAUGUUCCCUCAGCAUCAGUCGCCGUGGACGCCGCUGUCCGAUUCGCUCAGUAAAUCUCCCCCUCCCAGCUCUGUGUAUGAUCCCAGUAAGCAUACGUCCUAUUUUGGUCAGUGCUUCACUAAUUUGGGUCUUCUUGGAAGAGGAUCCUUUGGAGAGGUCUACAAGGUGCAAAACAACAAAGACGGGCGACUGUACGCCGUGAAGCGCUCCGCCCAGCGCUUCAGGGGCAACAGCGAGAGGCAGCGAAGCAUCAAGGAAGCCAGGAACCACGAGCGAAUUUGUCCUCACCCUCACGUUCUGGAUUUUUUGGCAGCGUGGGAAGAGAGCGGCCGUCUGUACAUUCAGACGGAGCUGUGCAGCACCAGCCUGCUGCUGCACGCCGAGAACAAGCCUCCUGGCCCAGAUGAGCCGGCGGCGUGGGGCUACCUGUGCGACCUCCUUUCUGCCCUGAAGCACCUGCACUCUCAUGGUUUUGUGCAUUUGGACCUCAAACCCGCCAACGUCCUGAUCACAGAUUCUGGGCGGCUCAAACUGGGAGACUUCGGGCUUCUGCUGGAGGUCAACCAGACCGGCGCCGGGUCCAAAAACAGGAAAACGAAGGAGGACUUCCAGGAGGGAGACCCGCGAUACAUGGCGCCGGAGCUGCUGCGCGGGGAGUACGGACCUGCAGCGGAUGUUUUUAGUUUGGGUGUUUCUAUUCUGGAGCUGGCCUGUAACCUUGAGGUUCCAAACGGCGGCGAAGGAUGGCAGCAGCUCCGACAGGGCCACCUUCCCUCGGAGUUCACCAACGGCCUGUCUGUGGAGCUUCAGUCAGUCCUGAGGAUGAUGUUGGCACCAGAACCUAAUGAAAGACCAACCGUCUCUCAGCUUCUCGCUCUGCCGUGCGUCAGGAAACGCAGAUGGAAAAGGCGGAUUUACCUGAUGGUGUCGGAGACCAUGCUGACACUGGUCUCCCUCUGCCAAUUUGUGGUGUGCUUCGGUUGCAAGCUCCUCUCCUCGGUUCGCUUGCCGUUUCUGCCUUGUUGGUCGAAGCCGGAGCCGUGUACGCCGCCGAAGGACAGCUGGGACAGAGACGUGACGCUGUCCCUCAGUUCCCUGCAUAACGACCCGGGAAGUCCAGAGGACGACGGAGUCUUUCUGCAUCACUCAGACCCAGAACUUUCCCCCACCUUUUCCAACAGAGUUAAAUCCCGACUGUCAGGGGAAAGCACGUCCACUCCUCUGCCGGGUUCUCCGGUCCGCGGCCCGGUCCAGUCCACUCAGUCGGUUCUGGGCGGCGGGUCGUCCUGUAAUCUGCCUCUGACUCCAACCAGCUCCCACCUGAACGGCUCCUGCCACAAACUCACCCCCAACAUCAGCCCCAUACGCGCAGAGCGCCACCCGGGCUCCCCGUCCACCGCGUCCUCCGAGCGGCGCCGCCGCGGCCGGGUCCAGGCGGACGAGGCGGCGCCGCCGCGACCCAACUUUGAACCAAAGAACCUCCUCAGCCUGUUUGAGGAAACGACUCUGGAGAGACAGCUUUAAGGACAUUUUUUCUCUUUGGAACUGAAGAGUUUAUUUUACGGCGCCCCCUAAUGGACAGAGUGGGGUUUUUGUUCCCUUGCAAUGAAUUUGAAAUUUCUCUUUUGUACACAGUCUCUGUAAUAACAAAUGUCAAUUUAAAACCACAAAUACCUUAAAAGUUCCUCAAUGGAAAACUGUUUAUGUAUUCUUAACUGAUUGGAAAUUGAUCUAUUAGUUCAGGCGAGUCCAAACCGUCUGCAAAUUUGAACUAACAGCGGGCCACAAAAUUCAUUAAAUUAAAAUGCAAACAUUUAUUUUCUUUUUUCUCAUUCAUUUUUGUCUAAUCUGUUUAUCAUUAGAGACAAAAUGAGCUUCAGACUGAUGCCUUAUUGCUAGAAAAACAGGGAAUUUUCUAAUUUUUGGGGUCUUCAAUUGAUUCUACCAUCCUUGACUCACUGGUUAGGGGCCAAGCAAAAUCAUUUCAAGGGCCACAAUUGGCCCCGGGGCCACACUUUGGACACCCCUGUAUCAGUGUUCAUGUAAAGUUGAGCUCCUGUUUUUUUUUUUAGCAAUUCAGACGCAGUCAGAUUACUUUACUACUGUGAAAAUAACUCCAAAAUAUUUCAAACGGUUUUAACUUUCUUUUCUUCUUAUGUAAAGUUUCUGAUUCUAUCUUAGAAGUGAUGGGAAGGGCACGUUUGAUCUGUUUUGCAUUUUUCACUUAAGUUACUGACGUAUUUGUAUGUAAGAAAAUAUAAAACUUAAGAUAUUUCACUAACAGCAUAUUAACAUACAUGGAGAAACCUUAUGUUGCAGCAGAAAUACUUUCAGUUUUCAAUAUUGCCACAUGAAACGACCAGUAAAGAGAAAAGAAAUGUGUCCACUAGGGGGCGCCAUAUUACUUAGUGUUGGGUUUUUGUGAACUUUUCUGUUUUUCUGCCAUUUUUGUGGGUUCUUUUACAGUAUUGAAAAAGAAGAGAUUCAGGUAAAGGGUUUGAACGUGUAAUCAGACCUUACAGCACUUUCUUUUUAUGUUUGUGUUUGUGCGGAUAGUUUCCCCAAAUGGCUUGAUUUACACUGAAAUAAGUUACAGGUUGCAUGAUGGGCUCCAGAGUAAAUUUGCUUAUGGUCUGCAAGAAAAUACACUUAAUUUGUGGUGCAUGCUGUGACUAUAAAGCUUCGGAAAACAAA